AUGGGCGACAUGGCCAACAGUUCCAUUGAGUUCCACCCCAAGCCCCAGCAGCAGCGGGAGGCUCCCCACGUGGGAGGCUUUGGGUGCACAUUGGCUGAGCUGCGCAGCCUCAUGGAGUUACGAGGGGCCGAGGCUCUGCAGAAGAUCCAGGAGGCCUACGGGGAUGUCAGUGGGCUCUGCAGGAGGCUGAAGACAUCACCCACAGAGGGCCUGGCAGACAACACCAAUGACUUGGAGAAGCGCAGGCAGAUCUACGGGCAGAACUUUAUCCCUCCCAAGCAGCCCAAGACCUUCCUUCAGUUGGUGUGGGAAGCCCUGCAGGACGUGACACUCAUCAUCCUGGAGGUGGCUGCCAUCGUCUCCCUGGGCCUCUCAUUCUAUGCCCCACCUGGGGAGGAGAGUGCAGCCUGCGGGAAUGUGUCAGGUGGGGCAGAAGAUGAGGGGGAGGCUGAGGCUGGCUGGAUCGAAGGUGCUGCCAUCCUGCUGUCCGUUAUCUGCGUGGUGCUCGUCACAGCCUUCAAUGACUGGAGCAAGGAGAAGCAGUUCCGAGGCCUGCAGAGCCGGAUUGAGCAGGAGCAGAAGUUCACAGUCAUCCGGAAUGGGCAGCUCCUCCAGGUUCCUGUGGCCGCACUGGUGGUGGGGGACAUCGCCCAGGUUAAGUACGGAGACCUACUUCCUGCUGAUGGUGUCCUCAUCCAAGGCAACGACCUCAAGCUUGACGAGAGCUCCCUGACAGGGGAGUCAGACCAUGUGCGCAAGUCAGCUGACAAAGACCCCAUGCUGCUCUCAGGCACUCAUGUUAUGGAGGGUUCUGGAAGGAUGGUGGUGACAGCCGUUGGUGUGAAUUCCCAGACAGGAAUCAUCUUUACCUUGCUUGGAGCUGGUGGAGAAGAGGAGGAGAAGAAGGAUAAGAAAGGCAAGCAGCAAGAUGGGGCGAUGGACGGUAGCCAGACCAAAGCUAAGAAGCAGGAUGGGGCAGUUGCCAUGGAAAUGCAGCCCCUGAAGAGUGCAGAGGGUGGGGAGAUGGAGGAGCGAGAGAAGAAGAAAGCCAAUGUGCCCAAGAAGGAGAAGUCAGUCCUUCAAGGGAAGCUUACGAAACUGGCCGUGCAGAUCGGAAAAGCAGGGCUAGUGAUGUCCGCUAUCACCGUCAUCAUCCUGGUCCUCUACUUUGUGAUUGAGACCUUCGUGGUGGACAGCCGGGCAUGGCUGGCAGAGUGCACCCCUGUCUACGUGCAGUACUUCGUAAAGUUCUUCAUCAUCGGUGUCACUGUGCUGGUUGUGGCGGUCCCAGAAGGCCUGCCUCUGGCUGUCACCAUCUCCUUAGCUUACUCUGUCAAGAAAAUGAUGAAGGACAACAACUUGGUUCGCCACCUGGAUGCCUGUGAGACCAUGGGCAAUGCCACAGCCAUCUGCUCUGACAAGACAGGCACACUCACCACCAACCGUAUGACCGUGGUACAGUCCUACCUAGGGGACACCCACUACAAAGAGGUCCCGGCCCCCAGUGCCCUGACUCCCAAGAUCCUCGACCUCCUGGUCCAUGCCAUCUCUGUCAACAGUGCCUACACCACCAAGAUACUACCUCCAGAGAAGGAAGGCGCUCUCCCACGCCAAGUGGGCAAUAAGACAGAGUGUGCUCUGCUGGGCUUCGUCCUGGACCUGAAACGGGACUUCCAGCCUGUACGGGAGCAGAUUCCAGAAGACAAGCUCUACAAAGUGUACACCUUCAACUCAGUCCGCAAGUCCAUGAGCACGGCCAUCCGCAUGCCUGAUGGCAGCUUCCGCCUCUUCAGCAAGGGGGCCUCAGAGAUCCUACUGAAAAAGUGCACCAACAUUUUAAACAGCAACGGGGAGCUGCGAGGCUUCCGUCCUCGGGACCGAGACGACAUGGUGAAGAAGAUCAUCGAGCCAAUGGCCUGUGAUGGCCUCCGCACCAUCUGCAUUGCCUAUCGGGACUUCUCUGCAGACCAGGAGCCUGACUGGGACAACGAAAAUGAGGUUGUGGGUGACCUCACUUGCAUAGCUGUCGUGGGCAUCGAGGACCCUGUGCGACCUGAGGUCCCAGAAGCUAUCCGCAAAUGCCAGCGUGCCGGCAUCACAGUCCGCAUGGUAACUGGGGACAACAUCAACACAGCAAGGGCCAUUGCAGCCAAGUGCGGCAUCAUCCACCCCGGGGAGGACUUCCUGUGCCUGGAGGGGAAGGAGUUCAACCGGCGCAUCCGCAACGAGAAAGGCGAGAUAGAGCAGGAGCGGCUGGACAAGGUGUGGCCCAAGCUGAGGGUGCUUGCUCGCUCGUCACCUACUGACAAGCACACUCUGGUCAAAGGAAUUAUAGACAGCACCACUGGUGAGCAGCGGCAAGUAGUGGCCGUGACUGGGGAUGGCACCAAUGAUGGGCCUGCCCUCAAGAAGGCCGACGUGGGCUUUGCCAUGGGCAUCGCAGGAACUGAUGUAGCCAAGGAGGCCUCUGACAUCAUCCUGACAGAUGACAACUUCACGAGCAUUGUCAAGGCAGUGAUGUGGGGUCGAAACGUCUAUGACAGUAUCUCUAAGUUCCUGCAGUUCCAGCUGACAGUCAACGUGGUGGCCGUGAUUGUGGCCUUCACAGGCGCCUGCAUUACUCAGGACUCUCCUCUCAAAGCUGUGCAGAUGUUGUGGGUGAACUUGAUCAUGGACACAUUUGCCUCUCUGGCCCUGGCGACAGAGCCACCCACUGAGUCGCUGCUGCUGCGGAAGCCCUAUGGCCGGGACAAGCCCCUCAUCUCGCGCACUAUGAUGAAGAACAUCCUAGGCCACGCUGUCUACCAGCUUGCCAUCAUCUUUACCCUGCUCUUCGUCGGGGAGCUCUUCUUCGACAUUGACAGUGGGAGGGAUGCGCCCCUGCACUCGCCACCCUCGGAGCACUACACCAUCAUCUUCAACACCUUCGUGAUGAUGCAGCUCUUCAACGAGAUCAAUGCCCGCAAGAUCCACGGAGAGAGGAACGUGUUUGACGGCAUCUUCAGCAACCCCAUCUUCUGCACCAUUGUCCUGGGCACCUUCGGGAUUCAGAUUGUCAUCGUCCAGUUCGGCGGGAAACCCUUCAGCUGCUCCCCACUGUCCACAGAACAGUGGCUCUGGUGCCUGUUUGUUGGUGUUGGGGAGCUGGUCUGGGGACAGGUCAUCGCCACCAUCCCCACCAGUCAGCUCAAGUGCCUGAAGGAGGCAGGCCAUGGGCCUGGGAAGGACGAGAUGACUGACGAGGAGCUGGCCGAGGGGGAAGAAGAGAUUGACCACGCUGAGCGUGAGCUCCGCAGGGGCCAGAUCCUCUGGUUCCGGGGCCUCAACCGGAUUCAGACCCAGAUGGAGGUAGUGAGUACCUUCAAGAGAAGCGGUUCAUUUCAGGGUGCUGUGCGCCGGCGGUCUUCAGUCCUCAGCCAGCUCCAUGACAUCCGGGUGGUGAAAGCGUUCCGUAGCUCACUCUAUGAAGGCCUGGAGAAACCGGAAUCCAAGCCCUCCAUCCAUAACUUCAUGGCAACGCCCGAGUUUCUGAUCAACGACUACACCCACAACAUCCCACUCAUCGACGACACCGAUGUGGACGAAAAUGAGGAGCGCCUGCGAGCCCCCCUGCCCCCGUCCCCCAAUCAGAACAACAAUGCCAUUGACAGCGGCAUCUACCUGACCACGCAUGUCACCAAGUCAGCUACCUCUUCAGCGUUUUCUUCCAGUCCCGGGAGCCCACUCCACAGCAUGGAGACAUCCCUCUAACCAGAACCUAUCUCAGCACGCGCACACACGCACUCGGGCUCACACUCAGUCACACGCACACGCGCGCACAAAGGGGACCGAGCACAGUGGCUGAAGGCUUCUCUUGCAGGGCACUUGCAAGAAGCCAGAUCCACGCCAUGGGUCACUGCCUGCUGCGGGCUCCUCCAGGCCCAGGGCAGGGGCAGGGGAAGAAGAGGAGAGGGCGAGAGGUUCUUCACCCACAGGGGUAAAAGGGGCAAGCAGACAUGAGAAGAGCGGUGCCCCUACCCUUUUCUAUUGUGUCUUUUUUAAUGAACACCAUGUUUGCUGCUGUGGGGGGACGAGGACCUGACUCCAGUUUAGUGGAAGCUAUGUCACACCCCUGUUCGGAGCAGCCAGAUCAACAUAUUCAGACAGAAAAAGCCUAGCACUCUGCAGGGUCAUUCAGGAUGCUACUGCCCAGACGAAUCGCCUAAAGGAGUGGCCUGCGAAUGUGCUUGGGACCCAGAGCAAGCCAGACACGUGCUGUGCGCGUGCGUGUGUGCAUAUGUGCGUGUGUGCAUAUGCAUAUAUGUGUGACAAGAUACAUAC